AUGUCGGCAGACUUCACGCAGAAUCAGCUUUGGAAUAACGGUCCAGAUUGGCUUGCGCAACCUUCGUCCCAUUGGCCCAGCUCAGAUCCAGAACCAAGCGAUGAGGCGGACCUAGAAACACGCCAGAAUGCUAUGCAUCAUUGCAUACUGCAUACGGUUUGUGCGCAACACCAAGCAGACGGCGCGAUCACAGCGACCGAUACCGCACACCAAUGCAUCCAAGACGAUCACGCCCAACCGGUUGGCCAGCUUCCACCCUCCCGCAUCACACCGAGCCGACCGUUUUCUGUAACCGGAGUGGACUACGCCGGUCCAUUCUACUUGAAGCCAGCGCACCGGAAGGCAGCAGCUACUAAGAGCUAUCUGUGUAUUUUUGUGUGUUUCGCUACGAAAGCUGUGCAUUUGGAAUUCAUAGGAGACCUCGCAACGGCGGGAUUCUUAGCAGCAUUACGCCGCUUCACAUCACGACGCGGAUUGCCAGCCCACAUCCAUUCUGAUAAUGGGAAAAACUUCGAAGGCGCAGAACGUGAACUGAAGGAGCUUUUUGAGCUGUUCAACGACGAACAACACCGCAACACCGUGGCUACCAGAUGCACUGACCGGGGAAUCACUUGGCAUUUCAACCCGCCAAAGGCUCCACACUUCGGCGGAUUAUGGGAAGCAGCAGUAAAGACGGCGAAGCGACACCUCUAUCGUCACCUGGGCAAUACGCGGCUGUCGUACGAAGGCUACUGCACUGUGCCCCACCAAAUCGAGGCAGCGAUGAAUUCCCGUCCGCUGUUGCCUUUGUCCGACGAUCCCAACGAGCUAGCUGCACUCACACCGGCACACUUCCUUAUUGGCACAUCGAUGUUCGCCGUGCCUACCGUGAUAGUCCGGUUCAACUACACCCAGCUGAAAUCCUGCACGCUAGAUGAUCUUCAGAAGUGGCAGCUUUUGGUUCAGCGUUUUUGGAAACAUUGGGCCACUGAGUAUCUACAAGAAAUGCAAAAAAGUUAUGCAAGUGGUGGCAGCAACAACAGCAACAUACUUCCCGGCAGGUUAGUGAUCCUCAUGGACGAAUCGUUACCCACCACUCGUUGGCCUCUUGCGCGUAUCGUUGAAAUCCAUCCCGGUGAAGACAAGAUAGUACGCGUCGUUACGCUUAAAGACAGUUAA